AUGGCGACUAAUGGAGUCGCGACGAUUACGCUUCGUUGCAAGGUGCCACCGGGCCACAUCUCUGGCGAUAUAGACGAGUUCAAUUUGGGUUCAUUUGCGACUUCUGCAAAAAUCGGGGCCGUCCGUGAGAGGAUUCAGCAACAGUUGCCCGGAAAUCCUACGCCCGUCCAACAACGAAUACUCCACGGCGGCCGGGCUCUGGUUGACGACGAACAGUCGCUCGCGGAUGCAUUGAAUGUGAAACGAGACCCCACACAGGACACAUACGUUGUUCAUUUGCUUGUUCGCGGCAAUGGCGCGUCCACACCUGCACCUGCGUCGCAAAGAAUCCCUGUACCUGGAGUCGGCUCGGUAAACCCACGGCCAGGGCAGUCUCCGGCGCCACAGCAAAUCCACCCUGGGGAUGUUCGACAGGGAAACGCGCAUCAAUUGCCUCAACAGCAGCCUCAACAACCUUUUCUCAACCAACAUGUCGAUCCACUCAUUGCGCAUCAAAGACUUCAUGCACAAUUCGUACAGCAACAGCAUCAACAGAACCAACACGCAUUCUCGCCCUUCCCACACGGAUUCCCUGGUAUGCCUCCGCGGCAUAAUGGUGGACAAACGCCUCAUACGGUUCCUGCUCAGCCUGGGUCAGGAGAGCCACCUCGAAACCCGGGCGGUCUCACUCCACAACCUGACGCACACCCAAUUGCACACGAUACUCCGAGCUCUGCACGCCCUGAUACCAACUCCACACCUAACUCUAUCCCUCAACCACCCGUAAAUGCUCCGCAUCUCGCAGCAGGUCUUCCAAAUCCGAUGCAUCGUCCGAUCAGUGGCCAAGGGUUUCACGUGGAAGGUGUCGGUCAGGACGGCCAGCGGUUCAGUGUUCAUCAACAAACAUUUAGCAUUCCUGUUGGAGGCCCACAAUUUGGUGUUCCGGGUAUGCCGGGCCUGUCACCGUUUCCCGGCACCGCUCAACGCCCUGCAACAGUACCGUCUCUGGUGGCGAGCGCCGCUGUGGCUCAAGCCGCAGUCGCGACAGAUCGUGCUCGUCAAGCUAGUUCCGACGUGAACCAAUCACUUCAGACACUGCUCGCGAGAGAAGAUCUCAACGACGACCAGCGAACCCGAAUCCGUGAGAUUCUUGAUGGCGCCCAACGCGCGAGCGGUCAAGCAACACAAGCUCGAUCUGCUUUGACACAAGUGAUGAUGGCAUAUAAUGCACCACAGAUGCCCACAGUGGGACCCCUGCCGCCCUUUGGUCGCCCCCAGGAGACAACACCUCAACACAAUUCCCUUCCUACAAUUCGGACUCCAUCAGAACUGACUUGUUACCUACUAUCCGCUCCGGAUGGACCUCGUGCGAUCCUAUACUCGCCUCACCAUGGUACUUACCAUGGAAAUUAUAAUCAAGGUUUAUCCUCUGCCAGCCUCCUGAGCCAAUUUGCAUCACGAUCGCAGCAAGCAGAAGGCGCGGGCGUUCCUCCUGCGCCUGGAGCCGGACAAGCGGGCAACCUACCUAACCAAGGCAUUGAGAUCCAAUUGCCUGCGGAGUUGCAGCCGGCGGAACCUGCUGGACCCAUGCAGGCCAUUCUUGGCCACUUUUGGCUCCUGGCGCGAAUCAUGAUAUUUGCUUAUUUCCUGUUAGGCUCAAACAUGGGAUGGCGUCGACCAUUCGUUUUGACAGUGAUAGGCAUUGGCUUCUGGAUGAUCCGCAUGGGACUCUUUGGCGACGGUGGACUCCUUCGAAGAUGGUGGGACGAGAUCAUGCAAGGCCCGCGACCUGCUCAGGCACGCGCUGCAGAUGGUCAGGCUGAUGGGCAAGGAGCGCAAGACGGAGUCGGAGCAGCGCGCCCGGCUCGCAUGCCUACUCCCGAAGAACUUGCGCAGCGUCUCUUGAAUCAAGCGGCGCGCGGGAACGGUAACGCCGCCAUGAAUCCUCAAAUGCGCUGGCUACGAGAGCAGGUAAGGCCGGCCGAACGAGCUGCUGCACUGUUCGUCGGAAGUCUAUGGCCUGGAGUCGGCGAAGCAGCUGUACGAGCCAGAGAGCAAGAGGAGCGUAGACUUGCAGAAGAGGAGAUCGCAGCGCGUAGGCGAGAGGAGGAAGAGCGACAGCGCGAGAAUGAAGCGCGUGAUGUCAAAGAAAGCGAAGGUUCCAAGACUGAAGAGAAAGCGACGCUUGAACAAAACAAUGCAGCGUCCAGCGCUGCUGUUGACCAGAGCUCCCAGGAUGCCGGCACUGUCAGCGCCGCCACCACCGAAUCAUAA